AUGGUCAAAAAUUUAGUGGAACAAUGCGUCGAUUGUAAUUUUUCUUGUUUUAAUAAUAAUCUGUCUGAUUUUAAUCGGCAUUUAUCAUAUUUUCAUCGCAAUGUAUCUCAUUUUGAUCGAUUAAUUAACACAUUUAUUUCUCCUAUUCAAUUGGCUGCAAAACUCGGUCGACACGAGGAACUUCUUCUUCUUUAUGAACAUCGUAAUAGUCCAACAAAAUUACAACUUGAAAAACGUUGGACAUUCUAUAUCAAUCAUUAUGAUCGAUUACAUAGAGAAGGAAAUGAAAUACUUUUUGAUUAUACUGUAAGUCGUCUUCUUUAUACUCGUAUUACUACUGAACAUACUAAAAUAGUCUUUGAUAAUCUUAUUCCUGCUCUUCGUGAUAUAGAUAAUGCCUCUCAUCGUGGACGAAGUUUAAGUGAUGGAUCUAGACCAGAAAUAUUUCUCCAAGUGCGUAUUUACACUCUCGUCCGAACAAUUAUUGAUAAGAAGAUCAACAAAGAUGAUCAUAUGAUCGAAAUUAUUGAAAAAGAACUUUUACAUAAUUUAGAAACAUAUUAUUUUAUUAUUGGAAUAUUACUUAUUCCAGUAAAUAUUACUAAACCAAUGAUGAAUCAAAGUUUUUCUCGGAUAAAAUCGUCACAAUCAUUAUUAAUGAAAUAUUAUCGAAAAAUCGCAAAAAACCUCAUAAGUAAAAUAAAACAGCUUGAAAUUAAUGAUGAAUAUACUAUUCCAACUGGUUGGAAAGAACAUGCUGUUUGUGUUUCAUUUCGACUUCAAAAAAAUAUUUAUCAAGAACCCAAUGCUAUAGCUUUUGCCUGUUUGGAAUGUUUGGCAUUUGAUGCAACAAAAGAACAUCGAUUCACGAUUACUGGAAAAGAAAUAACCAACGUUGUAGGUCCACUACGUCUCUCCGUACUACAAAUUGUUUUACUUAUACCUCAAACACGAAACCCUUCGCCUUUAAUCGUCGAAAAUAUCUAUUAUUUCAUUCAUCGCACCUUUCAAGAAUAUCUUUCUGCUCGUUAUAUGGUCAGAAUGUUAGAAUCAUUCGAUUCAAAUGAUCAAAAGAAAGAAGUUGUUCAAUUUAUAACAUAUGAAAAAUAUAAUCAUCGUAUCCAACAUACAUUUCGUUUAUUCUUCGAGUUAAAACGAUCCCCUUCAUGUAUUGAGCAAUUUUGGUCAACUAUUGAUAGGGAACCACGAGAUUUAGUUGGUCUUCGACAUUGUUCUCGUAUUGCUCAUUGGUUUCCGAAUGGAACAUGUUCAUUUUCUGCCGAGGAUCAGAACGAGAUUGAUCAGAGGGUGAACAAGUCCGUACUGACAUGGAUAUCAAAUAAAGAUCGUCUACCUAAUGAUAUUGCCAACACAUACAUAUUCGAAUCAUUUGCUGGUCUCACAGGUCAUCAAUGUUGGAUAGAUGCGUGGAAAGAAGACCUUUUCAUAGAAGAUCCAUCUAAACGGCGUUAUUUUUUUAGUUGA